AUGACGCUGCUCAAACCGCUGCCCAGCAGCCCGAUCUUCUACUAUUUUUGCGGGAAAUGCCACGUAGCUACCGUCACGAAAGUAAUUUCACUUUUAUACCUGCUGGUAUACGGCGGAUUGAUAGCGCUGCUGCUAUGCGUCGGGAAUGCCACUUCCGUCAUGUUCGCGGCAAUGUUUUUCGCCAGUGUGGCCUACUCGACAAUUUACGGAGCGUUUAAGGGCAGCAAAUUGUGUCUGAUACCGUUUCUAUUUUUACAGGCGAUAUUGAUAUUCUACGUAUUUUUAUUAUUGGUGAUGUGUUCGUAUGCGGCGUUCAACCAUGAGAGUUAUUUAUACCUGCAAUUGAAACCACAAGCAAUACCGUUCGGUCUUCAACCGGUUACAGUGUUCAUCUGCUUAUCGGUGCUGUUCGUCAUCCUGCUUGUGCCACUCGGCAUCUCGGCACACAUCGUCUAUCUCGACUAUGUGUUUAUCUCCGAGCUUGAUGAGGUGCUCGACAUGGUGAAGGAACUCAACGAAAACAUGUCCAAAGACGACCCAAGUCCGCCACACUUC